CGGGCGUGCGCCGAGGUGUCCUUGCGCCCGAGGCCGAGCGGCCACCAUGGCCGACGUGAGUGUGGAUCAGUCCAAGCUGCCGGGCGUGAAGGAAGUGUGUAGAGAUUUUGCCGUCCUGGAGGACCACACCCUGGCUCACAGCCUGCAGGAACAAGAAAUUGAGCAUCACUUGGCAUCAAACAUUCAGCGGAGCCGUCUGGUCCAGCAUGAUCUCCAGGUGGCUAAGCAGCUCCAAGAGGAAGACCUCAAAGCCCAAGCUCAGCUCCAGAGGCGCCACAAAGACCUUGAACAACACGAUUGUGAAAUUGCUCAAGAAAUUCAGGAGAAGCUAACAAUAGAGGCUGAGAGACGACGCAUUCAGGAGAAGAAGGAUGAGGACAUAGCACGUCUUUUGCAAGAAAAGGAGCUACAAGAAGAGAAAAAGAGGAAGAAACACACUCCAGAGUUUGCUGGGGGCAGCACUUUUGGAGAUAGCUACUAUUAUGAAGGUGGAGACCAGCCAAGGUCAAGGAGGGCCAGGGAAUUGGGUUCUGCACGCUCAAGGCUUUGUAGUCUCCAAAAUGAUGGGAGGACUGUCAAGCAGAAAAAGGAGACGCCGAGGCAUCGACUAGAGAGCUUGGAAGAGCUGGAAGAUCACUGUACGUCAGAGAGACACCUGCCUUCUUCCAGCUGGGGCAGACGGAGGGAUGAUGUUCAGACUGCCGUUGAACAGCAUGAAAGAAAGCAGGCUGGUCAAGACAGGCUCUGGAAAUCUCCACUCCCGAAGAUCAGCGGGGAGGUAUAUCUGACCACUGACUCUUCUAACCACUGGGAGGCUAACAGUAGCCCUCAAACUCGGAGUCAGGAAAAACAGUCCCGACACCAUGGCAGAUGUUCACCUAAGUCUUCACAGAAAACAGGGCUUCCCUGUAAGGAAGUGGUGUGUGGGAGGGACCUUGGGCAAGGUGAUCACAGAGAAAGGAGACAUAGGCCCAAGACUCCUCCCUUCUCAGAGGACGAAGAACUGCACUACCACCACAAUGCAGGAAUAAAACCAAGAGGAAUAAAAGAAGCUGUCUCUACUGCAGCACGAGGGAGCCAUAGGGACCAGGAAUGGUAUGAUGCUGAAAUUGCCCGAAAAUUGCAAGAGGAAGAACUUCUGGCUACUCAUGUGGACAUGAGAGCAGCUCAGGUUGCCCAGGAUGAGGAAAUUGCUCGACUUCUAAUGGCUGAAGAAAAAAAAGCUUACAAGAAAGCCAAAGAGCGAGAAAAGUCAUCUUUGGACAAAAGGAAACAUGACCCUGAGGGCAAGUCAAAAGCAAGAUCAACACAUUCAAAGUCAAAAGAGAGUGAUGAAACACAGCGUUCCAAGGUUGACAGGCCAUCAAGGCCACCUAUGGUGAUGGGCCCUGAGGAGCUGGAUCCCAUCCAUUUUACAAACCAGCAUAGUGCCACACGUCAUUUCUCAAAGUCAGAGUCCUCACACAAAGGUAAGGAACAUCCUCUGUAAGCCUCGUGUGACAACAGGAAAUGAAAUAUUC